AUGCCUGGGAUCUGCCUAUGGCCGCUGAACUUUGAUGAUGGUGCGACGCUCUUGAAACUGCAUGGCGACUCGCUAACCCUCCUCGAUUCCUACACUGUUCCAUCGCAGUCGAAGGAGAAUUUCUACUGCAAUCCAUCGGUAGGUUGA